AUUAAAAAAAAAAUUAAAGUUAUUUUUUUUCAUUUUUGAGUUAUUAAUUUUUCUUAUCCAUCAAAAUGCUGCAGUUUACUUUAUACAUAAUGCAAAUAUAUACAGAUAUAAGUAUAAUUAAAAGAAAUUUAAAUAAUAAACAUCAUUUGAAUUGAAAAUAAGCGAACAUUGAUCAUUGAACUCUAGUUGAAUUCUGCUACUUUUACAAGAUAUUCGUAACGUAAUAAAUCGAGAUAGGAAUAUAAUUUUAUUUUAUACAAAUAUUUCAAGUUCAAAAUGGAGAAAAAUUUAGAAUUUGUGGAUUUAUUGUAUGCAAGACGAAAAGAUUGUGAUAUUUUAUGGGUCUCUCGUUCAAUGGAUCCAUUAUUACCACAUAAACUUCCACCAGAAUCUAUAUAUUCUAGAAAUAAAAUGAUUCAAGCAGUUUUAAAUAAUGAAAAAGUUAAAUUAACAAUUAUUUCUUUGGCUACCGUACUUCAAACAGAUAUUAAAAAAGUUAUCAAAGAAGCUUAUGAAAUAAUAAAUGAAAUGGCUAGCAAAGCACAUUUAACUACUGUUCGUUGGAUGGGUUUAAUUAUUUCAAAAGUUCUUAAACGUAUUUUUGUGAGUAUUUAUAUCAAUGAAAAUGCAAUAUACAAAAUGAAAAAGGAAAUGCAAAUUUCUCAAGUACAAUAUGUUUAUGCACCUUCUCAUAGAAGUUAUUUAGAUUUUAUAUUAUUAUCAUAUAUUUUAUUCUCUUAUGAUAUGGCACUUCCAAAUAUUGCAAGUGGAAUGGAUUUUUAUCAUAUGUAUGUAAUAGGAGAAUUAUUAAGAAAAACAGGAGCGUUUUACAUGCGGCGCAGUUUUUCUAAUGAUUUGUUAUAUAAAAGAAUAUUUAGUACAUAUGUAGCAUCUCUAGUAGAACAUAGUGACAGAGCAAUUGAAUUUUUCAUUGAAGGUACUCGAAGCAGAAGUUUGAAGAGUAUAAUACCAAAGUUUGGUCUUUUGUCAAUUAUUUUGGAAAGUUUAUUAGAAGGUGGUGUACCUGAUAUAUAUUUUAUACCUAUUAGUAUUAACUAUGAACGACCACCAGAAGAAUUGUUGUUUACAUAUGAACUUUUGGGAGUACCAAAACCAAAAGAAUCUACUGCUGGUUUACUUCAAUCUUUGUCUAUUUUACAGAAAUCACAUGCUUAUGGACGUGUUGUUUUUAAUGUUGGUGAACCUAUUUCUGCAUGCCAAUUUUUAAGUAUGGAACAACGCAAGACAAAAGUAUUAUCACCUCAUAUAAAAUUACCAACAUUUGUUACUGAAAAUUUGGCAUAUUGCAUAAUAGAUUCACAUAAAAAAAAUACAAUACUUAUGCCUUUUAAUUUAAUUGCUUUAUUAUUUAAUGAAAAAAGUCAAACAAAUCCAGAUAAUCCAUAUACAUUAAAUGAUUUAGUCAAUGACUAUUUAUGGUGUAAAAAUAUUUUAAAAGUAUUUAAUGCUACAGUACAUAUAGAAAGAUCACUUAAUGCAAAUGCAAGCAACAUAAAACAAGAAAUAUUAGAUAGUUUAAAAUGUCAUGAAGAAUUACUUGUAUUUGACAUAUCAAAAAUUUUAAGACUUAAAGAGAGACACAGAACAAUGAAAUCGAAAAGUAAUAUUUAUGUUAAAGGCCAUACUUUGUCAGAAAAAACUAUGCGGAUAGCUGUACCAGUUAUUAAUAUUUCAAUUUAUCUAAAUCCAACUUUAUCCUUCUUAAUAAAACCAGCUAUUGUCAUUAUUACAAUAGGAAUAAAGAAAAUCGAAAUUGGAAUUGCAUUUAAACGAUAUAUGCUAUUGAGAAAAUUAUUGAGUACAGAAUUUGCAAUGCCUUUAAUAGAAAAUGAAUCUGUAAUAAAAUCUGAAUGGAAAGAAACAUUAAAUUUAUUAUUAAAACAAAAUUAUAUAAGUAUUCAAAAUAAUAUAUAUAUACAAGAAGAAAAUACUAAAGUUUGUUCUCUUCUCUAUAAUGUAAUAUUACCAUUUAUAGAUACAAUAUACAUUACAUGUCUUGUUCUAUUUGAGUGGGAUGAAACAAAAUUAAAUUAUAUAACAAUACAAUCAGUUUUAAUUGAAACACAAAAGCAAAUAGAAAAAGCAUUUCUUGAAAAACGCCAAUGGGGAAAACAUCCUUAUUCUUUAUCAAUUGAUUUAAUUAAUACAACAAUAUCCAAUUUUAUAAUACAAGGUAUUCUAGUGCCAUAUGAAAAAAAAGGUAUAUAUCAAGUUGAGAAAAUUAAAAUAAUACAAAUUCUUACACAAUUACAAAAUCUUUCAUUAAAACAUCCAUUAGGUUCAUAUCUUAAUACAAUUUUAUUACCUAUAUUAUCACCAUCAGUUUCUUCUAAAUUGUAAAAAUAAGAUAAGUUAAAGCAAUGAUGAAUAUAUUUUUAAACAUUUGAAAUUAUAUAAAUAAUUACUUUAGAUGUGAAUAAUUACUUUAAAUUUUAUUAUUUAAUAUAAUUAGAUAUAGAUAUUUAUCUAAUUAAUGUAUACAUUUUCAUAUAUUAGAUUUUUUUUUAAAUUUAGAAGAAAAAUUAUGUAUAUCUUUAAGAAGCAUUCUUAUAUCGUCAUCUAAUUUGCCUACUGAUUUUUUUCUUCUGCCAAGAAGUAAAGUAGCGCCAGUAGUCGAUGCAGAAUUAUUCAUAUUUCUAAAUAAAAGCUGAAAAAAUUAUUGUAGAAAAUAUAAUAAAUAUAAUAAAAAAUAUAA